UACUGGCGAUACGCGCGCGCAGCUAGCUGACGAAGAAUUUGUCUGUUUGGCGUUGGGCUAGGUAUUUUCCGCAAGAACGUUCUGCCGCCUCUAAAUCUGCUAGUAGCAAGUACAGGUUGAAAUGAUAGAACCCAAUUGAACCAAUGAACUAUUUUCUUCUCUAAUGGAGACAUCAGAAAAGGUAAAACUAGACGUGCUAUUCACUGCAGUGUACAGCCUUCUGAAAUCCGGACUUUCCCACGAAUUUCUUCAUGAUUUGGUAGCUGUAUGCGUCAAGAACAACGACGUUAUCCAGUUCUGCAGGGAACACUGCGGCGUUAUAGUUUCCGAAGUGUCGUCUGCUGUGGAGAAGUCCAUCAACAAAGAGCUUCAACAAGAUCUUUGCACCACGGGCCUGUACGGGCUCGUAUUCGUCCGUUGCGGAGCCUUCGACGACGCCGUCUACAUCACAUACGUUAAAAACAAUCAGCUGAUCGUGAAAUAUCUCCUCUCCUUUAAGAAAGAUAUGCCAAGCCCGUGCUUCGAGGCUCUCACAUCGAAGCUGGAGAAACUGGGACUCACAAAUCCUUACGAGAAGUUUGUGUCAGCAACGGUGGAUAGAGAUUGCUUUCACAGUGACGAAAUAAACACGAUCGUUCAGAACAGGGCUGGACACGGUGUGCUUACAUUCGCCAGUGUCAUUUACAAACUUGAGUCCGUACUGGGCCGUGAUCUGCAGAGGUCAAUGCAAGACGACCCUCAAGUUGCCAUAAUAGUGAAUUUGUGCAACAUGCUGAAAAACCUCGCCCUAGCAGACGAUCUCAACUUGGGUGAUAUGAUGUUUGUACAGAAAUGCGAUGCCCUGUCAAACGCAUUCUUCAACUACAGGACGCUCGUGACAAUCCACGAGCACUGGUUUGAGAUAGUGACGAAGCUGGACAGGAUCCUAGUCGACUCGCUGGUCGAAGACGAUCAGCAAGUCAUUUCAGUGAUACUAGCAACCUUGAAAUCGACGUCGUUUAUUGUAAACCUCUCUUUUUACAUCGAGCUCUUCUACUGCCUCCACAGGUUAUCGGAGAAAAUUCUGUCGCACAACAUGCCGAUUUAUCAAAUCAUAAACGAGCUCGAAGGCACCUCGGACACCAUCCGUCAUUACACCUCGACGGGGGGUUCGAAGGUGGACGACGUCCUGAACGUCUUGCAGUCGGACGUGGGGAAGUACAAAGGAGUGGUCAUCAACUGUGACCUCGACCAGGAUCUGUUCCUGUCCACCAUGCAACGCGUGUGCGGCUUCGUAUCGGACAUUAUAGACGACGUCGUACGAAAGACCAGCGGAAUAAUACGGCAAUUCAGUGCGCUAGAUCCCAAACUGUGGCCCACUGACAAGUGUGACCUCGAAGGGUUCGGCUACGACGCCAUGAAAUCCUUCUCGAAAAAGUACGGGGAAUCGCGCCUGAAAAACGUGGACAUAUUUCAGGAAUGGGGAUCGUACAAAAGGACCGUUCAAAACUCCCUGUCCGCAGACCUGCAGAACAAUUUCAAUAACCUCGCGGCGAAAGUAAUUUCGUCGUACAAGAGCAUGUACCCGGGUAUCGGUACCCUCUUGAGCAUGGCCGUGCUGUUGUGCCCUGCGUCGGAGACUGUUCAGUUGAACACGCAGCUCAUUUCGCUCAACGAUUUCAGUGAGGAGCUGAAGACCAUUCUCGUGAACGGACCGCCAACUGCAGAGUGGAAGUCCUUGAAUUCGAUAGUGACACUACUUCAGGACUACCAGGCUCGGACUAGCGUAAAGUUUUCGGAAGAAGAUCUAAGGGGAGUUGAGUUUUCGCUGGAGGAAUUAAAGCGACUUUUUGGUAACAGCAGUGUUGAAAAGUGUUUGUGAUAUUUUAGGUAUAUAGAAGUGUAUUGAAAACCAAUAUUGCUCUGCUAUACAGGUUAUUAAAUAUAUAUUUCUGUAAGUAA